UACCGUAUCUAUAAAGCCUAAAAAAAAUCUCUCCACAACCCUCUCAGAGUGUGUAGUCUCACUCUCUCUAUCUGAACAUUAGCAAUGGCGGAGAAGCUGGGCUUCUUCGUCCAUUUCAGCUCCUUUCUUCUUCUUGUUGUUCUACUACUGAGCACGAGCUCCGGAGAGGGAGAGAUUAUUCCGGUGCGGCGGAUGUCGGAGAAGGACCGGUGGACUCCGACCUUGAUGGACGGUCAGGAUCGCUCGAUGCCGCUGAAGGUGACCUUUGGCGGGCCAGCGAGGAACUGGACCGACUCCAUCCCCAUCGGAAAUGGCCGUCUCGGCGCCACGAUCUGGGGAGGAGUCUCGUCGGAGACACUGAACAUCAACGAGGAUACGGUAUGGACAGGAGUUCCAGCAGAUUACACUAACCCAAAUGCACCAGAAGCAUUGUCCGAGGUUAGGAACCUCGUCAGUGAUGGGAAAUAUGCCGAAGCUACUGCAGCUGCCGUCAAAUUAUCGGGCUAUCCUUCUGAUGUUUACCAGCUUGUGGGAGAUCUCAUGUUAGACUUUGACAGUUCACAUCGUAGAUACACCGAAGAAUCUUACCGACGAGAGCUUGACUUGGAAACUGCUUUAGCAAGAGUGAGUUACUCUGUCGGUGAUGUUGAAUUCUCGAGGGAGUUUUUCGUUUCAAAUCCCGAUCAGGUGAUUGCAGCCAAGAUUUCAGCUAGCAAACCGGGGUCCCUGUCUUUUACGGUAUAUUUUGACAGCGAGUUACAUCAUCACUCGGAGACUAAUCCCGCGGGGAAUCAGAUUCUGAUGCGAGGAAGUUGUCGGCCUAAGCGCCUUCCUCCAAACUUAAGCAAACGUAUUAACGUUACUAAUAUACCUUAUGAUGAUCACAAAGGAUUACAGUUUGCUGCAAUUGCUGAAUUGCGGGUCAGCAAUGGCGGUUCUGUGACUUCCUUGGGUGGCAAGAAAUUAAGGGUUAAAAAUGCGGACUGGGCGGUUUUGCUUCUAACAGCUUCAUCUAACUUUGACGGGCCAUUCACAAUGCCCGUCGAUUCUAAGAAAGACCCCGCCAAGGAAUGCACUAACAGAAUUAGCUCGAUUCAGAAAUUCUCCUACUCUGAUCUCUAUGCCCGUCAUCUGAGUGAUUAUCAGAAUCUUUUCAAUCGGGUCUCGUUGCGACUGUCGGGAAGCUCGAACAGAACAACGGACGCAGUUUCAACCGCUGAAAGGGUGCAAUCUUUUAAAAAGGAUGAAGACCCUUCAUUGGUGGAACUUCUGUUUCAAUAUGGUAGAUACCUGCUUAUAUCAUCUUCAAGGCCUGGAACUCAAGUGGCCAACUUGCAAGGCAUAUGGAACAAAGAUGUUCAGCCACCAUGGGAUGGUGCUCCUCACUUGAACAUUAAUCUUCAGAUGAACUAUUGGCCUUCUCUUCCUGGUAAUAUCAGGGAGUGCCAGGAGCCAUUGUUCGAUUAUAUGUCAGCUUUGUCAGUCAACGGCAAGAAGACAGCAAAGGUCAAUUACGGAGCAAAUGGUUGGGUGGCACAUCAAGUCUCAGACAUAUGGGCAAAAACCUCACCGGACAGAGGUGAGGCUGUCUGGGCGCUAUGGCCAAUGGGAGGAGCUUGGCUCUGCACUCAUUUGUGGGAGCACUAUACAUACACGAUGGACAAGGAAUUCCUGAAAAAUAAGGGAUAUCCAUUGUUGGAAGGAUGUACACUGUUUAUUUUGGACUGGCUGAUCGAAGAUAAAGAAGGAUAUCUCGGGACUAACCCCUCGACCUCUCCUGAGCAUAUGUUUACUGCUCCCGACGGCAAGCAGGCUAGUGUAAGCUACUCCUCAACCAUGGAUAUCGCGAUCAUAAAGGAAGUCUUCUCUGCAAUAGUUUCUGCUUCAGAGGUGCUGGGAAAAGCGAAUGAUACUCUCAUACAGAAAGUCCUCGCUGCUCAAGCAAAGCUUCCGCCCACAAGAAUUUCAAAGGACGGUUCCAUCAUGGAGUGGGCACAAGAUUUUGAGGACCCGGAUGUACAUCACCGGCAUGUUUCGCACCUCUUUGGCCUCUUUCCGGGUCACACAAUUACACCCGAGAAAUCUCCAGAACUUGCUAAAGCUGCAGAAGUGACUCUCAACAAAAGAGGGGAUGAAGGCCCAGGGUGGUCGACCACCUGGAAAGCCGCUUUAUGGGCACGGCUUCACAAUAGCGAGCGUGCUUAUCGAAUGGUUAAGCAUACAUUUGAUCUGGUGGAUCCGUUAAAUGAGCGUAACUAUGAAGGAGGGCUGUAUAGUAACUUGUUCACUGCCCACCCGCCGUUCCAGAUCGAUGCAAACUUUGGAUUCACAGCAGCAGUAACAGAGAUGUUAGUGCAGAGCACGACGAAGGAACUGCACUUGCUACCGGCGCUUCCGACGGGAAAAUGGCCCGACGGUUGUGCGAAAGGGAUAAGGGCACGUGGCGGAAUAGCGGUAAGCGUUUGCUGGAGGGAAGGUAACCUCGUAGAGUUCGGUCUCUGGUCGGAACAACAAGUGAUGACCACAUUAGUCUACAGAGGAACCACUUCCACUGCGAAGCUGUUCCCCGGAAGAGUUUAUACAUUUGACAAAGACUUGAACUGUAUUCGGACAGAGAGGUUAUAGAGUGAUUCAUAAACGAGUAUUGUUGUUUCCGUACGUACUUUUUUUUUUCGAAAAAAAGUGUUCUCUACUAUCCGGACAAUGUCAAAUUUGCAUUUUUUUUUUCCCCAUGUAUUUUGGUAUGUAUUGAUUAUUUUGGAGAAAAUCAUAUAUUUGAUCAUUUUUA